AUGUACGCGGGUCGCAAGAGGAGGAAGCCGGUGCCCCGGGUGAUGCGGCCGGGCCCGGUGGAAGGCGGCACCUCCAACCCCUCCAAACGGCACCGGGAGCGGCUGAACCGGGAGCUGGAGAGACUGGCGGGGCUGCUGCCCUUCCCCGAGGAGGUGGUGGCCGGGCUGGACAAGCUGUCGGUCCUGAGGCUCAGCGCCGGCUUCCUCCGAGCCAAGAGCUUCUUCAGCGUUGCUCUGAAGAAUCACGGAGCCAAAGAGGUGGAGAGGGAUGGAGACUGCAGCAAUGGACCAGUUCCGGGAGCAGCAGCAGUACCAGAGGGCGAGUUGCUCCUACAGGCGCUCAACGGCUUUGUCCUGGUGGUGACAUCGGAAGGGCUGAUAUUUUACUCCUCGCAUACGAUUCAGGACUAUCUGGGAUUUCAUCAGACAGAUGUCAUGCACCAGAGCGUCUUUGAGCUGAUUCACACUGAGGACCAGCAGGAAUUCAGGCGGAACCUCCACUGGGCUCUCAACCCACCUCAUGCCCCCGAGGGUGAGCCUUCUGCAGAAGGGGAGAAGAGUCUCGGCUCUUCUGCUGUCACCUACAAGCCAGAUCAGCUGCCCCCAGAAAACUCCUCCUUUCUGGAAAGGAACUUCGUGUGCCGCUUUCGCUGCCUCCUGGAUAAUUCCUCUGGCUUCCUGGCUUUAAACCUUCAAGGCAGGCUGAAAUUCCUUCACGGGCAGAACAAAAGGUCUGAAGAUGGGUCUGCGCUGCCACCCCAGCUCGCUCUCUUUGCUAUCUCCACUCCCUUGCAGCCCCCAUCCAUCCUGCAGAUCCGAACCAAGAACAUGAUCUUCAGGACGAAGCACAAGCUGGACUUCACCCCCUUGGCGUGCGAUGCCAAGGGGAAGAUCGUUUUGGGCUACACUGAGGCGGAGCUGCGGGUGUGCGGCACUGGCUACCAGUUCGUCCAUGCUGCUGACAUGCUGUACUGUGCAGAGAACCACAUCAGGAUGAUGAAGACGGGUGAGAGUGGCCUGACGGUCUUCCGCCUGCUGACGAAGGAGAACCGCUGGAGGUGGGUGCAGGCCAACGCGCGGCUCGUCUACAAGAACGGCAAGCCUGAGUACAUCAUUGUCACACAGAGACCCCUGGUAGAUGAAGAAGGAGGAGAGCACCUUCGGAAACGGUCCAUGCAUCUGCCCUUUACCUUUGCUACAGGAGAGGCACUCUUAUACAAAAGUGCUUACCCUCUCCCGGGCUUCCCUGACCCUUUCAAGAGUAAAGGGAAAGCCAGCAAGUCCAAGAAGACCUUCCAUAGCCACAGAGGGCGUUCCCAGAAGGAUGGAGUUGACCCCAGUUCUCUGCUGGGCGCUGUGAUGCGACAGGACAAGGCAGUGUAUGUCUCCCAUCCAGAUCCCACACCUAACUGCUCCUUUAGCAGCAGUUUUGUGGACCACCUCGAGGAUGUGUCCUUGCUGGGUGCAGGAGGAGAUGCCUGGAGUAUGGGCACUGCUCCAGUUUCCUCAAGUGGGGACAGCCUCAAAGAGGAGCUGGUGGAUUUGCAGCAGGAGGACCCUCUCUUGGCCACCCUGGACUCGCUCUCAAUUAAGAGUGACGAGAGCUGUUCCAACAAAGAGCUCUUCAGCGCGCUGGAGGGGCUGGGGCUGAACGCUGAAGACUUGGAGCUCCUGCUGCUGGAUGAAAAAAUGGUGAUGGUCAAUAUGGGCCCUGACCGCACCCCCUCCCUGAAUGACUGCUUCACCAGCAAUGAUGUUCUCUCCUUCAUCCAUGCCGCUCUGGUGAACAAGCGUGAGGGAGGACAACAGCUCUGUCUCCUGCCGGGCACAUCCCCGAGCCCAUGUGGAGGCACCGCCAUGUACCAGGCCCGUGAGGAAGAGGAGGAGGACUCACAGUGCCUGCCCCAGCAGGGGGUCCAGCCUGCCGUUGCCCCAGGCCAGCCCCCUGCCCUGCUGUGGGAACAGCCCCUCUGUGCCACUCGGCGGCCCCCCAAGCCAGCUGAGGAGGAAGAGCCCUCUGAAGGUUUGCAGUGGAGGCCAGACAGGGAGGAGGGUCUGCUCCGUUUCCUCCAGCCAGCAUGGGGCACCCCGUGGGACAAAGUUCCCAGGUCACCCCCAGGAGCCCCCUGUCCACAGGAGCCACCCAGGGCUCAGCGGCUGGAGGGUAACUUGCUGGCCAUGCGUCCCACCCAAGAGGAUGCUCACCAGUCCUUCCAGUGCCAGGGCUGCAUGCGACCACCCAGCCAGCUGAAACACCACCACUUGCCAACGAACGGGUUGUGUGGCCACAGCCCUGACUCUGCUCCACACCUCUUUCCUAGCAACAGCCCCAGCCCAUGGCAGGACUAUGUCUCCCCUCUCCUAGCGUCCCCUGCUCAGCCUGGUUUUUAUGGCACCAGCCAAGACUUGAUCUCCCAGGAUCAGGGCUGCUUGGGUCCAGGGCCCAGCAUGCCAACCCUACACUUUAAUCUGAACGGAUUAUGCAGCGUGGAGACGGCAGGCAGUGGGGGGUCCCAAGAAGAGAUGGGUCCAUACUCCAGUUUUUUCCCCUCCUCCUCAUACCAGCUUAAUCCCGAGAAGCAGCUGAGCCCUGUUCCCUCCGUGCCCCAGCACCCUUUCCCAAGCUCUGCUGCAGGGCGCGUUGGGAGCGUUGGCAGUCCCUUGGAGACUCCUGUCAACUCCUACGGGACAUACACCUACCCGCUGAGCCAGGAGAGCAGACACAGGCCUGAAAGCAGCUGUGUUUUGCCCAGCACUCCCAUGGGACUCCCCAGAGACCGCCCAGUGCUGGGGGGGACCCCGGCUCUCCCCUGCCAGCUGCACCCCCUGCCAGCUGCACCCCCGGAUUAUCCUCAUGCCUCCAGCGGCAACUUCUGUCUCUAGGAGUGAAAGACUCAACUGGACAAAGUAGACCUACUCCCUGGGGAAGGAGCUGCCUUCAAGUUGCAAAUAACAAACCUUCCCCCUGCCACCCGUGUCCUGCCAUUGCUCUUGAUGUGUGUUGCUUUGGCUCAGAUAGGGUUUUGGGUUUUUUUUUUUACUUUUUUUUUUUUUUUUAAUCUUAUUUUUUUAUCAACCUCCCACCACCCUGCCCCUGUUGAGGCUCCAUGUGCUGGUCCUGUGAAGGUGUCCCUGGCCUGGGGAGGGUGGUGGCUCUCAGUGGGGCUGGAGGGCAGGUUCCCCUGGGGUACAGGAGCGAGCUGGGCUGCAACGUGGGUCAGCUGGCACGUCCAGCCUUGUCUGUAUCUUGUGGUGUCCAAGAGUUGUGUGGGUCUUGGUUAGUUGGAGGAUUUCAGACUUUGGAGUAUGUUUGUCACUUGCCAUCUCUCAUCCCACCCCCUGACCGCCUUGCUCUUGUUUCCCUGCCCCUCCUGUCUGCAUAUCUUACUGAGUGUCACCUUGUUUGGGCCUUUUGUCAUUGCUGCUGCCUUUUAAAUGGCAUUCAGAGACUGUCACUCUGGAAAGAAGAAGACAAUUGCUCUCUGUUGCCAGCCGGGCUGCCAUGUUGAAGGUGUGACAUUCAUGUGGCCAAUCCCGCACUUUGCCAAGAAUGCAGGGAGCGAGCUCUCCAUCACACCAGUCUUUGCAGUUCUGCCAUUAACAAAGUGCAUUUUUGGUGUGUUUUGCCAGGCUUUUGGGAACCCAGGCUGCUUCCACAGCUGCCACGGUCUGGUUGUCCCCACAGUGUCUGUGGAAGGCAGCCCUGUCCUCAAAGGACAGGCGGGUUUGGGAUGACUAACGUCCUCCAGCUUCACCAAAGCUUUGCAAUUACAUGCAUGACCCUACACCCUACAGAUGUGAAAAAACAGGAAAGGUUUUCACCUCUAGUGUUAAAUUUCCUGCCAUCCCGGCCAGACACCUGUGGCUGUGCCCAUGUUGUAUAGUUAUUGCCUCUUUUAUAAAGAAAGUGAACCCUGACUUGUGUUCUCGUGUUGCACUGGUCCUUUCCCAAGACCAGCUUUCCCUGUGUCCCAAGUGUUCCCAGUUGUUAGGAUCCAGAUUAGACCUCCUGUAGCAAACACCCUGGGUUCUGCUGUAUUGUACAUGAUGGGUCCAGGUUGGCUGACAAGCAGUUUUUCUCCUGGUUGAUAGGGUGGGAAGUACUGGAUGGGUCUGAAGUGGGGAUCUUUCCCAAACAGCAGGAGCAGGCUGGCGUAAAAGAUUGCAGAGAAAUAGUGUAGCUGCCUAACCUAAGGAGGUGAUUUCAGAUUUACUGUACAAAAAAAAAAAAAAAACAAAAACAAUAACAUAAAGAAAAUCAUAAAAAAUAUACUUAAGAUACUUACAGAGUAAUUUUUUUUCCCCACAAAAAAUAAAUACAGCCCAUUUGUGUGUACAUAAUGAGUUGACAGACUUAUUUUUAUGGCAUUCCACUGGAGGGGAAAAAAAACCCUCUCACUUUCCCGAAGUAGCAUCCUAUGGGAUGGGACAGAGAAGCUGUUCAACUGAUCAGAAAU